GUGAAUGGAGUUACUAGACCAGAUUGAGCAGAAGUUGGCGUAUGAAUAACAGCGCGAUGGUUAUCGCCUGAUCCGUUUUCUAAUGGGAUUUUAAAGCAGAAUGGAUAUAACAGAAAUAUGGAAUGAAAAAGCCUGUAUUUGUUAUCUUAAACCUAUGUAACGUAGCCGUAUUUGUUUUACCAGGAGAAAUCUGAAGUCGUGUACAACAAAAUAAAAACAUGUUAGCGUAAAGCUAGCUAGUGCUAACCUCGGAGUCGGACUAGCAUGUGUGGAAUAAGAGACACGGGGACACAGUGAUGACAAAACCGAUGUAAACCGACGGACUAUGAGCUCAUUUGAGUCUCAAAACAACUUAACUUCACGUAGGAAAAGUAUAUUUGUAUUUGAUCGACCGCUGGGAAACUUCGAAGCUGGCCCGUAAACACCAAGAGGCAAUGUCACGUGAUGGAUGGUUUUGAGUAUUAGUAGCCAGACAGGAGAACCAUGGAACAGGUCGAGCAACCUACCUCAGAAAUGAAAUGUGACAGCCCAGUAGACGUUGCGGCAGCCCAGGAGCCCCUCAUGUUCACAGGAGUUACAAAGGGCCAAUCGUCUCCGCGGACAGACUUGAACCCUGUCCAGAUUCUUGAAGACACAACAUGUAUGGCCGUCCAGGAGGGUGAGUCUGCAUCCUCGGACUGUGGAGGGAUGUCAGACCUGCAGGAGCCGAGCUCAGCGUCGGGUGAGGAGGUGGAGGGCAGCGAGACGUCUGAUGCCACAAGAUUAGAAGUCUCACCCGGCAGCAAGGGAUCGUGGGGGGCCACUCAACAGAAUGGAGAUGGAACACCACAGGAGAGUCCUCAACAGAAUAGUGACACUUCUGUAACAGCUCAAAUGUUUCCAGAUCCGUUACAGACCCCCUCUCUCUCGCUGUCAGACCAGUUACGGCUGGGUCGGGAUGACCCCAGUACUUUGGGCCUGAACGUCGAGUGCCGCAUAUGUGGAGAUAAAGCCUCAGGAUUUCAUUAUGGAGUACAUGCUUGUGAAGGCUGCAAGGGUUUUUUCAGACGCACCAUUCGUAUGAAGCUGGAGUAUGAGCAGUGUGAGCGUGCCUGUAAAGUCCAGAAAAAGAACCGAAACAAAUGCCAGUACUGUCGCUUCCAGAAGUGCCUGGCAUUGGGCAUGUCACAUGAUGCAAUCAGGUACGGACGUAUGCCAGAGUCGGAGAAGAAGAAGCUAGUGGCAGGGCUCAUCGCUGGGGAGAAACUGCAAAGCUCUAGUGGAGCUGACCUCAAAACACUGGCCAAGCAUGUCAACACAUCCUACCUGAGGAACCUCAACAUGACCAAGAAAAAAGCACGGAGCAUCCUCACGGGCAAGACGAGCUGCACAUCGCCUUUUGUGAUCCAUGAUAUGGACUCACUAUGGCAGGCAGAAAACGGGCUGGUCUGGAAUCAGCUUAAUGGAGCACCACCCAACAAAGAGAUUGGGGUCCAUGUCUUCUACCGCUGCCAGUGCACCACAGUUGAAAUUGUGCGAGAGCUCACGGAGUUUGCCAAAAACAUCCCUGGCUUUGUGGAUCUCUUCCUUAAUGAUCAGGUAACGCUGUUAAAAUAUGGAGUCCAUGAGGCCAUAUUUGCGAUGCUCCCAUCGCUCAUGAAUAAAGACGGGCUGCUGGUGGCCAAUGGGAAGGGCUUUGUGACGAGAGAAUUCCUGCGUAGUCUACGCAAACCUUUCAGCGAGAUCAUGGAGCCCAAAUUUGAGUUUGCGGUGAAAUUCAAUGCCCUGGAGCUGGAUGACAGUGACCUGGCUCUGUAUGUAGCGGCCAUCAUACUGUGCGGAGAUCGUCCUGGGCUGGUGAACGUGAAGCAGGUUGAACAGAUCCAGGAUGGCGUCUUGCAAGCUCUGGACCAACAUCUUCAGGUGCACCACCCUGACUCUCCUCAUCUCUUCCCCAAACUGCUGCAGAAGAUGGCUGACCUCAGACAGCUGGUCACAGAGAACGCCCAGCUGGUUCAGAUGAUCAAAAAGACUGAAUCUGAGACCUCCCUCCACCCACUUUUACAGGAGAUCUAUAAAGACAUGUACUGACAUGCAAGACCUGACUGAAGAAUGGACUUCAGAGUUCCCUCCUGAAUGGAGAGAGUGCACACAUCUGAAUGGCACCGUGGUGCCAUUGUUUUUUUUUUAAUGAAUUUUUGUA